AGGGAAUCCGACCCGGCUUGGAUCGGGCGCGAAAGUGAUACUCGGGGCAUUGUCAUGGAAAUGCCUCGUCCGGUGAGAUCACAACAACGACUUCAACGAUGAGCCAAGCCCUCGACGGAGAAGUCGAAGACGAGUUCUUUCACGACUCCCUUGACCGCCUCCUCUCUUCCGCCAACACUUCUUGUUCCGCCUCCACGUCCCCCUCCGACGACGACGAUCCGAUUCCCCGUCUGGGCUCCCCCAACACCGCCUGCCCCGACCCGUUUCAUCUCCCCGGGUUCCCAUUCUCCAACAACACCUACGAUGUCUGGAUCUCCCGCCCCUCCUCCGUCCAUGAACGCCGCCUCCGCCUCCUCCGCCUCCUCGGUCUCAGCUCGUACCCCUCCCUUCUAUGCCACCGGACUUCAUCCUCAGCCACCCACAACUGCAAUGCCGGCUGCGACACUGGGAUUUUCGGUAGAUCCGCAUCGUCGGAUCAGUUCAAAUGGCCCACUCGAGUCGGUGAAGAAGGUUUUUCUAUCACUGAUAAUAAUAAUCAUACCGAUUCUAAUUCAGCAUGUCAUAUCAAAUGUAUUACUGUGUCAGGGACUGUCCGAUCGAGGUCGGACGCUUGUUGUAAUUCUCUUAGUGAUUCUCCUUGUUCUUCCUCAUCUGUUGUUCAUCAAAAUAGUGAAAUUAUUUCUGUUGAUUCAGUCCACUCAUCAUCAACACCUGUCAACUCGGCCAAUGUUGGUGGAAGUAUAUCUGUGAAUAAUUCUCAAACCUGUAGUACAAGUGCCAGUAAAGUUGAUCGAUUGAGGAACUGCAAUGAUUCGCUGCAAACCAAUUUCGUUUCCCCCUACAAGCCCCCCAUGGCUAAGUAUAAAAGCGGGUCAUGGCAGAGUGGGAGCUCUGAUGGGGUUGUUCACAGAGCUGAUGAGUCUGUUUGUACUAUAAAGGAUCUUAAUAAUGGGAAGGAGUUUGUGGUGAAUGAGGUGAGAGAGGAUGGAAUGUGGAACAAGCUUAAGGAAGUAGGUACUGGAAGGCAACUGACCAUGGAAGAAUUUGAGAUGUGUGUUGGGACUUCGCCUAUUGUUCAAGAACUGAUGAGAAGACAGAAUGUGGAAGACAGGAAUAAGGACUGCUUGGAUACCAAUCCAAACGACAGUUGUGGUGGUAGUGGCCCUAAAUCAAAGAAGAAGGGAGGGUGGUUCAAGAGCAUUAGGAAUGUCGCAAACUCCAUGACUGGUCAUAAGGAUCGCAGGAGUGGUGACGAGAGGGACACAUCAUCGGAAAAGGGUGGAAGGAGGUCAAGCUCUGCAACUGAUGAUAGUCAAGAUGCAUCUUUUCAUGGGCCUGAGAGAGUCCGGGUCCGACAUUAUGGGAAGUAUUGUAAAGAAUUUUCAGCUCUCUACAAAACUCAGGAGAUUCAGGCACAUAGUGGUUCCAUUUGGAGCAUUAAGUUCAGUUUGGAUGGGAGGUAUCUCGCGAGUGCUGGUGAGGAUUGUGCCAUACAUGUCUGGCAGGUUACAGAAAGGAAAGGUGACCUGCUGCUGGAUAAACCUGAUGAUGGGAGUUUGAAUAUUCUUUUACUUGCUAAUGGGUUGUCUGAGUCAAAUUCUGCAUUCUUGAAUUUGGAUGGCUACACGGGGAAAAGGAGAAGAGGGAAAUCCUCUAUGAACCGAAAAUCAGUGAGCUUUGACCAUGUUUAUGUGCCAGAGACUGUAUUUGCACUGUCUGAAAGACCGAUAUGUUCCCUUCAUGGACAUGCCGAUGCCGUGUUAGACCUCUCCUGGUCUAAAUCUCAGUGUUUGCUCUCAUCUUCAAUGGACAAAACAGUACGCCUCUGGGAUUUAUCCAGCAAGUCUUGUUUAAAGAUCUUCUCACACAGUGACUAUGGCAAGUGCAUGAGCAUGAUGUUCUAAUUUUCUGUGUUUGAUCUCUCUUGGUUUUCUUUUCUUAGGUAACUUGCAUCCAGUUUAACCCUGUUGAUGAUAGAUAUUUCAUCAGUGGGUCCCUGGAUGCUAAAGUUCGUAUUUGGAGCAUUCCUGACCGGCAUGUUGUUGAUUGGAAUGAUCUGCAUGAGAUGGUUACUGCUGCAUGCUACACGCCUGAUGGUCAGGGUGCACUGGUUGGUUCAUAUAAGGGGAGUUGCCAUUUGUAUGACACAUCAGAGAAUAAGUUGCAACAGAAGGGACAAAUUUAUCUGCAGAAUAAGAAGAAAAAAUCUCAUCAAAAGAAAAUCACAGGUUUUGAGUUUGUCCCUGGAAGUACAUCAAGAGUGCUUGUGACAUCUGCAGAUUCUCGAAUUCGGGUUAUUGAAGGUGUUGAUCUGGUUCAAAAGUUUAAAGGGUUUCGCAAUUCACGUAGCCAAAUAUCUGCCUCUCUUUCUAGUGAUGGAAGGUAUGUUGUAUGUGCCAGUGAGGACUCUUAUGUAUAUGUCUGGAAACACGAAGACGAUUCCCGGCCCGGUCGGAUUAAAGGGGUUACUGUCACGCAGUGUUAUGAACAGUUCCAUUGUCAAGAUGUUUCUGUGGCUAUUCCUUGGCCUGGAACACUGAAAUCUCAAGACAAUACCAAGUCUCCUCCAGAACACAGUGGCUCGUUUGAUCAAACGGAUGAGGUCUCUACUGCAAAUCACCACCCGACAUCGCCUGUUGAAGAGGCCAUCACAUGUGGAAAUGAACACUCACGAUCGCUGUCACAUGGAACAAUAUCUAGUGCCACGGACAACUACUUCUUCGAUAGAAUAUCCGCAGCGUGGCCCCAGGAAAAAGUCGUUCCAACUGCCACUAAUAUUGACUUAUCCAAUGGGUUUAAUCAGACCAAGCCUGCCGGGUUGGGUUUGGUCAUUGUGACUGCAGGUGCCCGGGGUGAAAUCAGAACUUUCCAGAAUUUUGGAAUCCCAAUACGGAUUUAGUUUUUUGGGGAAGGAGCUUCUGAUUGGAUAACAUUUGUACAGAUCCAUGAGAUUUGUAAUAUUAGUCAGGUAUUAUCCCCAUCCCCCUCCCUGUACCAGUUGGAUGAUUGGACUUGGGAAUUAGACAAUCACGUCUGCAUGACUAGGCGUUAAAGAGUAGCAAUAAUAUAUACACUUCGGUAUAUACUUAUACUAUAAAUAUAUAUAUACAUACAAAGGGAAGAAAAUCCUUGAUUCAAUGUAAGUGGGUAAAUGUAAGGUAUACAGUUGUGUAGAAGUGAUUGGCUUUCUGUAAUGACCAGUUGUAGAUUUGAUGAUCAUAUCAUUUUUUUGAAAUUAACAAAUUUCUC